CUCGCUUCAUUUGAUUACAAUUUGUAACGACUUUCUGUUGUCAACAGGUACAGCCUCCGAUCAGGAGUACCAAAUUUAGAAUUUAUUCGAAUGCUUGACCACAUGUACUUCUCGUAACAGAUUGGCUGCACGUUUUCCUAUUCCCUGUUCUUGAUUCGCUAUACUGACUGCAACUAUACUAAUAUACGUAUAAAAGCAGGUAUACAAGUGCAGAGCCGUUCCGCAUGUAGCAAUCAGGUAGCAAUACUGUGCAACAGGCGAUGUAGUGAGCGUGUUGUGUGCUGAGUGUGUGACUUUGACAAGAAAGGAUAUCUUUUGAGUCUAAUUACAAUGAGGCUUUUUGAUUCCAAAAAGUUGGCAGAACUCCAGCAAAACACAUCCAAUAUUCGUAACAUAUGUAUUCUUGCUCAUGUUGAUCAUGGGAAAACAACUUUGGCUGAUUGCUUGGUUGCUAGCAAUGGUAUUAUCUCACCUAAAAUGGCUGGGAAGCUCAGGUACAUGGAUAGUCGAAAAGAUGAACAAGAAAGAGGCAUCACAAUGAAAAGUAGCUCGAUUGCUUUAUAUUAUUGUCUAGAGGGAAAAGAAUUUUUAGUAAAUUUAAUUGAUUCUCCCGGGCAUGUUGAUUUUUCUUCUGAAGUAUCCACUGCUGUCAGGCUGUGUGAUGGGGCAAUAGUUGUGGUUGAUGUUAUAGAAGGAGUAUGUCCCCAGACCCAGGUGGCCUUAAAACAAGCAUGGCUGGAAAACAUAAGACCUGUUUUAGUACUGAAUAAAAUAGAUCGUCUAAUUUUAGAGAUGAAAUUGUCCCCAUUGGAUGCAUACGUCCAUCUCACGCAAGUUCUGGAGCAGGUUAAUGCAGUUAUGGGAGAAUUGUUUGCAACUGAAGUAUUAGGUCGAGAUGUAGUUACUGUGAAAACAAAAACACAUGAGCAAAGUCAAAUGAAUAGAGAUUUGUCAGAAUGGAGUACAGGACUGGAGGAUGCUGAUGAUUCUCAAUUGUAUUUCUCUCCUGAUCAUGGGAAUGUGGUUUUUGCAAGUGCUGUUGAUGGCUGGGCAUUCAGUGUGGAAGACUUUGCUUCUUUAUUUGCUUCUAAACUUGGUAUUGAUGAAAGUACCCUGAAGCAGCAUUUAUGGGGUGAUUUUUAUUUUCAUACAAAGACAAAACAAAUUAUUUCUGGGGCUCAAGAGAAAGCUAAGAAACCCUUAUUUGUUCAGUUUGUACUUGAAAAUUUGUGGGCAGUUUAUGACACUAUUGUUGUGAGAAAAGAUAAAGAAAAAUUACAGAAGAUUCUCGAUAGUCUGCAUAUUAAAUUAACAGCACGUGACAUGAGACAUACGGAUGGUAAAGUUCAAUUACAGGCUGUACUGAUGCAAUGGUUACCCGUUGCAAAAGCAGUGCUCAGUAUGGUUUGUGAAAAGUUACCUUCUCCCCUUGAAAUUAGUGAAGAAAAAGUAGAAAAAUUGAUGUGCUCACAAACUGAACGAUUUGAUGCUCUUCCUGCAGACACGCAAGCUUUGAAGUCAUCUUUUCUCAGAUGCUCUCCUCUAAAUGAUUCUCCUGUUAUUAUUUUUAUAUCUAAAAUGUUUCCGGUAGAACGUAAAUGUUUACCCCAGAAUCGUCAACAACCAUUAACUGCUGAAGAAAUUGCACAACGCAGAGAGCAGGCUCGUCAAAAGCAUGCUGAGAUGAUGAUGCAAACUUGUUCUCUGGAAGAGAAGAAAAGCAUCCAAAAUCUUUCGGAAGCUGAUCUUUCCAUGCUGUCUAUGAAGAAAGAUGUGGAACAAACAUCUCCAUUACACCUUAGUGAUGAUGUCUUUAUUGCAUUUGCUCGUGUGUUCAGCGGGACUGUAAAGAAAGGUCAGGAGGUGUAUGUACUGGGUCCCAAACACGACCCUCACAAAGCCCUUGAAAUGCUUAAAAAUGGACAAGACAUAAAUCCCAACUUGAAACUGAAAGAUUUAAAAUCUGGCCAACAUAUUACAAAAGUUGUCAUUGAAGAUUUGUAUGUAUUGAUGGGAAGAGAAUUGGAUGAAAUUGAUUGUGUACCUGCUGGCAAUGUAUUUGGUAUUGGUGGUCUUGAAGAACAUGUUCUGAAAACUGCGACUUUGUCAACAACAGUGGCUUGUCCAGCUUUCACUGAACUUACUUUGAUGGCUGUACCUAUUGUACGUGUGGCUGUAGAGCCUUGCCAGCCUCAGGACUUACAGGCUCUAAUUCAUGGUCUUCGUUUGCUCAACCAAGCAGAUGCUUGUGUGCAAGUUAUAGUUCAGGAAACUGGUGAGCAUGUUCUUGUUACUGCUGGUGAGGUUCACUUGCAACGCUGUUUGGAUGAUUUGAAAGAAAGAUAUGCAAAAGUGGAUAUAAAUGCUUCAGAACCAAUUGUACCAUUUCGAGAAACUAUUGUAGUACCUCCUUCGGUUGAUAUGGUAAAUGAAGCAAUUUUGGAUCAACACAAUGCUCCUAAAAAAGCACCUGGACAUGAAGGAGAUGCUGAGACGGAGGCCUUAAUAACGAUUCAUACAUCCAACAAACAGUCUACUAUUAAGAUUCGGGCUGCCCCUCUUCCCUCUGAUGUAACUACUUUGCUUGAAAAUAACAUGCAGCUUUUGAAAGCCAUGGAUCGUCAUUUCAAUUCUAAAGUGGAAAAUACCCGUGAUUCUGAAGAGAUGUCUUCUGAAGAUGCUCACAAUGCUACAUUGUUAACUGAAAGAACUUUGAAAGCUAUCAACAAUUUAAGAGAAGAAUUAAAGAAAGCAUUUGCAAAUGCUGGAAAGGAGUGGGAAGAUGCUGUUGAGCAAAUAUGGAGUGUAGGUCCUCGUCGUUGUGGACCAAAUAUAUUACUAAACAGAGUUCCUGGAUACAACCGCAGCUCAGUGUGGGAGAAGUUCAAUAAAGACAAUUUCAUUGAUCCCAGAGCAGAAUAUGACAGUAGUUUUAUUUAUGGCUUUCAGCUUGCAACUAUUGCUGGUCCCUUGUGUGAAGAACCUCUCAUGGGGGUGUGCUUUGUGGUUGAAGAUUGGAUAUUAACAAGUCCGCAAGAUAGUAGUGAGCCAGUUGGGAGUCAACCUUAUGGACCAUUUUCUGGACAAAUUAUGUCAUCUGUGAAGGAAGGGUGUCGACGAGCAUUCCAGGCACAACCACAAAGAUUGAUGGCUGCUAUGUACACUUGCAGCAUACAGGCUAAUGCAGAAGUUCUUGGCAAGGUGUACGCAGUGCUGGCGCGGAGGCACGGGCGCGUGCUGCACGGAGACGCGCUGGAGGGCUCGGCCAGCUUCUGCGUGGAGGCCGCGCUGCCCGUGGUGGAGAGCUUCGCCUUCGCGCCCGAGAUCCGCAAGCAGACGUCCGGCCUGGCCAGCCCGCAGCUCGUCUUCAGCCACUGGGAGGUAAUAGAAAUUGAUCCAUUUUGGACUCCAAGAGGAGUAUUUGCAUUACGGAGAGAAGGC